GAAUGGGUUGGGUUGGGUUGUGUUGUGUUAUGUUAGAAGAUGGGAAGUAGUGGAAUGUCACUCAUGGGACGAGUUAUUUUCCCUGGUUUCAUCGGAUUAGUCAUUUCCUCAUUUUGAGAAAAUCUUUUACAAAAUUUUGACCAACCAAUCUGAGCAAAUUGAAAAUGUUUUUGUCCAUGCCAAACGCACCCUUAUGAAGAACUUCGUAAGUCGCACCCAGCAUGUUGUUGUAAAGAUUGAAGCUGAAAAUGUGCUUAAUUAAAAAAUGGUUAAGCAGGUUAAUUUGUGUAUCUUCUUUAAUCAACGAACUAUGUGUUUCUUCAGAACUAACAUUUCUAAAGCAGGUCAGGAUUUAUAGAAUGUUGUGCAAAAUUUUACCACAGAGCACCGGGGGUUAUUCCCGGGAAUUCACCUCAAGUGGGAAAUUGGGUCCUAAAAACUGCGGCGAACACUUGGAACAAGCCAAAAAUGAAUUUCCAGUAUGUAAAUGUGGAUUCGAUAUGUUGGAUGCUGGCUUUUUCGAUGACUGUAAGAAGCUUGAAAUACAAAAGGGUGCAAAAGAUUAUAACAUUCCCAUAAUAAGAUCAAACCGGAAGUUGGUUGCUACUGCGAAUGGAGGUUUGCGUAACCCUUCUGCUUUAGUUUUCAAUUCUGCAUGGAAAUCCCAAGAAGCAAAGCAAGCAACAGACAAGUUCAACUACCCGGUAUCCUCUGGUAUUCAAAGGCCAAAAAAUGAUGAGGAUAUUGCCUUCAUGAGUAUUCUUGAACUCGGGCAACUUCUCAGGGCAAAACUGAUUACAUCAGAGGAACUCACUGGAAUUUUUUUGAACAGAUUAAAAAGGUACGGUCCUGUCCUUGAAUCCGUUAUCACAAUUACUGAAGAAUUAGCUUUUCAACAAGCAAAAGAGGCUGAUCAACUUCUUGCAAAAGGCAAAUAUUUGGGUCCUCUUCAUGGGAUUCCGUAUGGUCUGAAGGACAUUAUUGCAGUACCAAACUAUCCCACGACGUGGGGUUCCAAAUCUUUCAAAGAUCAAGUUCUUGAUGUUGAAGCUUGGGUCUAUAAGAGGCUGAAAUCUGCUGGUGCAGUCCUUGUUGCAAAAUUAGUCUCUGGUUCUUUAGCAUAUGAUGAUAUCUGGUUUGGUGGUAGAACAAGAAACCCCUGGAAUAUUGAAGAAUUUUCUACUGGUUCAUCAGCUGGGCCAGCGUCCUGCACCUCCGCAGGUACAGUUCCAUUUGCAAUUGGUUCAGAAACUGUUGGGUCUAUUACCUACCCAGCUUCUAGGUGUGGUGUUACUGCAUUACGGCCCACUUUUGGAGCUGUUGGUCGUACCGGAGUUAUGAGCAUAUCCGAAAGCUUGGACAAACUAGGCCCUCUUUGUAGAAGUGCAGCAGAUUGUGCAGUCGUUCUUGAUGCCAUUCUGGGAAAGGACCCAGACGAUCUUUCAUCCAGAGACAUCAUGUUAGCCGAUCCGUUUUCAGUUGAUAUCACAAAACUCACUGUUGGGUAUCUUGAAGAUGCCGACAAGGAAGUUGUUGAUCUACUUAAGUCAAAGGGAGCGAAUAUGGUUCCAUUUAAUCUGGAUUACACUGUUGAUAGUGCUCAAGGCAUUGUCAGCUUCACUAUGGAUAUUGAAAUGCUAGCGCAUUUUGAUGAGUGGCAGCGGUCAAACAAGGAUGAUGAAUUUGAAGCUCAAGACCAAUGGCCUAUUGAACUUCACCGUGCCCGAGUAAUAUCUGCUGUAGACUAUAUUCAGGCACAGAGAGGUAGAAGCAAAUUGAUUCAGGAAGUAAAAGAGAGCUUCAAAGUUGAUGCAUUUAUCGGAGAUGUAAGUGACUGGGAGAAAGUUUGUGUAGGCAAUCUCGUGGGUAUGCCGGUAAUGGUGGUUCCAACAGGUUUUAAGAAGAUAUCGAAUGCACCAUCCAAUGAUACUCGCAGGAAGACAACAAUAACUACUGGCAUUUAUGCUCCUCCUGACCAUGAUCAUGUUGCUUUAGCAUUGGCAAUGGCAUAUCAGUCGGUGACUAAUUAUCAUAAGCAGCGUCCUCCAAUUGAUGACAUUGGGCCAAACGAUUCGAUUUCAAACCCACCUACAUCCACUGUACCUGCAAGACAAUUACGUGGUUAUUAAUCUUUGUAGGGUGUUCAAUGUCACUCUGCAUGUCCUUUAAUUAUUAUAGAUGUAACCGCUAGUUGUAAUAGUCAGUGUUGAAUCAUCUUCUCUUAGUGACACAUGGAAAAGAAUACUUCACUUCCUCUUUUUUUUUUUUUUUUCUGCUAAUUGGACCAUGCAGGAGCCUUGGUUCAUAUAUAUA